CUUCCCAAUAGAAGAUCAAGAUGCUUUCUGGUCCAUAGUACAUCAUCAUUUUAACAAGAGAAAACCUUCAACGGGUGCCUGGGUGGCUCAGAUGGUUAAACAAGAGAUAAACUUCAGAGGCUUUAUCAUUGGGGAACUUAUUUAAAAACUGUUUCCCCCACUACACAGGUGAAAUCAGCUUUAAUGAAAAUGGAGGAAAAUACAAGAGUAUGAAAAAUCUUUUUACCAUGUUGGAGUAUUAUCUUACAUCCCCCCGUUCCUUUUUGAUUUAACAUAUUCGUGUUCCUUUAUUACAAACAGAAAUAUAAAGAGUUCAUUAAUAUUCUUCUCCAAAAAGUACCAUGUUUAUUUAGCCAUUUGCUUAGCUUCUACUAUUAUGGCACUCUGAAAUUUUUCUUUAACUACUGUGAUUAAACUUGAAGAUGGCAGAUGCAUAUGUUUCAACUAUGACUUCCUCAGUUUUAUUCCCCUAAAUCAAAGGUUCUGCACAUUUUCCGGAGUAUUGAUACUUAUUUUUACAUUGCUUAUCAAAACUGUUAUAUAAUCUACACUCCCUUCAUCAAUUGGCAGAAAUAAAUCACAGACAUUUCAAAACUAUGUUAUGUCCAGCCGCGUUCAUUUUACAAAUUCAAAAGUGAAGCCCAGAGAUUUGAAUCUAGAACCCAGCUCUCUGGACUUCCAGUCAAUUUCUCCCCCUGGAUUCACUGCAACUGGCCAUUCAGCAGCGAGGCCGACCCCUCCGGACUCUCUGCCCACUGCAGUCUACCCUCGUCUCGGGCUGUCGCCCAACUCCCGUGGGAUGCAAAGGAACUGGGAGGUUGGAAGAUGGCACAAAUCACCAGGACCUCCCUAUUAGCUAACAUAGGGAGUACACCUGUUUGCCCCUCCGCGGCCACAGGGUCGCAAACCGGAAACCGGAAAUGGCGAGGUUCGUGGACGCGCCCAGCCGGCGGCCACCUCCUCCCGCUUGCAGCGACUUCGUCCCGCUUCGACACGCGUGGCCAGCUUUCAGUCUAGACUCAUCGAGCGAGGAUGUCGCGCUGAGUGGCUUCUCAGGCUCAGGCCCUGAAAAGCCCAGGAACGGGCCCCUACGUGUCCGUGGCGAAUGCCAGGGCGGGUGCCUUCACCAUCCCAGCAAAUCCCAAGCGGCCGUGGGACGGGCGGCUACUCAUCGCUCCGCUGGCCAGGCCUAACGAGUCGAACGCGGAACUAGCGAGCAGGCGGAAGCCUCGUUCGGGGCUGUUGCUCAGCAGGCCGGGCCUGGCUUUGGGCCUCGGGCCUCCCAGCCUGGGACUCUGCGCCUGCGCCCCUGCGGCCGCGGCCUGCUCUGCCGGCGCGGCCGCGGUCCCUGCUGCAGCGCGCCGCCUGGGUGGCUGGGCGGUCCAUGGGCAGCAGCGAGGGCCACGAUGACAGAUUACGGCGAGGAGCAGCGCAACGAGCUGGAGGCUCUGGAGUCCAUCUACCCCGACUCCUUUACAGUAUUAUCAGAAAAUCCACCCAGUUUCACCAUUACUGUGACAUCUGAGGCUGGAGAAAAUGAUGAAACUGUCCAGACUACCCUCAAGUUUACAUACAGUGAAAAAUACCCAGAUGAAGCCCCUCUUUAUGAAAUAUUCUCCCAGGAAAAUCUAGAAGAUAAUGAUGUCUCAGACAUUUUAAAACUAUUAGCAUUACAGGCAGAAGAAAAUCUUGGUAUGGUGAUGAUCUUUACUUUAGUGACAGCUGUGCAAGAAAAAUUAAAUGAAAUAGUAGAUCAAAUAAAAACUAGAAGAGAAGAAGAAAAGAAACAAAAAGAAAAAGAAGCGGAGGAAGCUGAAAAGCAAUUAUUUCAUGGCACUCCUGUUACAAUUGAGAAUUUCUUAAGUUGGAAGGCCAAGUUUGAUGCAGAACUCUUGGAAAUUAAAAAGAAACGAAUGAAAGAAGAAGAGCAAGCAGGAAAAAAUAAAUUAAGUGGGAAACAGCUGUUUGAAACAGACCAUAAUCUUGACACAUCUGAUAUCCAGUUUUUGGAGGAUGCUGGAAACAAUGUGGAGGUAGAUGAAUCUCUGUUCCAGGAAAUGGAUGACUUGGAGCUAGAGGAUGAUGAGGAUGAUCCGGACUACAAUCCUGCUGACCCAGAGAGUGAUUUGACUGACUAAUGGACUAUCCGCAUCCGCAGAGAGGUGUGACUGCCACAGCAUCUGUGGCUGUGCUGAGGUGUUGAUUUUUCUUUCUUUUUUUCUAAGAAAAAAUAAUUCUCAGGAGAAUAUUCUUCUGAUAGCUUUCAUCAUUGAACUUAAUAAACUGACCUUAAAAUUUCAAAUAUAAAA